GGAAUGACAUCUGGCCCCAGAAGAGCAUGGAGAGUUGAGAGAGGAGGAAACAUCUUCAGUCUGGCUGGGUCAUCAAAGCAGCUCAACUGAUAAAGAACACCCUAUACAGUCCUAGAUCGGAUUCUACUCCCAAAUCUCAGAAAAUGUCUCAGGAAGUGGACUGGUUGCACAGCCAAGCAGGCGUGUGUAAAGUAGAUCUCUACAAUCCUGAGGGAGGAAAAGAUCAGGACCGCAAAGUGAUUUGUUUUGUUGAUGUCUCCAGCCUGAACAUAAAGAACACCGACGAUGAUACGGGCAAAGAUGCUGCUGGCCAGUCUAAAGGCAAUGAAUCUGCCACCGGACUCGAUCUAGGUAAAAUGCAGGACAAAGAGGUUAUUGUAAUAAAGGACAGCGAUACACCAGAACAGUCGAAGACAGAAGGAGCUGUCUGUUUGUUCAAACAAGGUUCAACCGAAGAACUCAAUGUUGUGAGCUGGCUCUUUGAUGAUCUGCAAAAAUACGCAUGUGGAUUCCAACAUGCGCUUACCCCUUCACCGACCCCUCCUAAACCAAAGCCAUCGGCAGCUGACAAGAUGUCUCAGAAUAACAAUAACACAGCUUUCAAGUCUAGCGAAAGUCAGAAAGCUGCAGAUGAAGUAGCAGGUACUGUUCAAAAGCUGUGUGCUUUGGUUAUGCAAAUGGCAAGUAAAGAGAUCUCUGAAAAUCUGGAAGAUGCUGCCAGCAAAUGUAUCCGACAGGCAAUCUAUGCCACCAAAGAUGGGAAACCUCUUCCCCCUAGUAGCGUAAGUAAGGUUGCUUCUGAAAUGGUGAAUAAGGCUAUGGAAAGUGCCCAGGAACCCAGUAACAAAUCAUCUCAAGACAACAUGGGCAAAAAGGAUGAUGGAAAAGGCAAAAAAACAUCUCUCUUUUAUGGGGAAGUAUGUUCCAACCAAAGUGAAUCUAUGCAGGAAGAUGAUGUAAAGCCCACACAUGCCCAUUUGAUACACCCAAGACCCCGACAGUCGGGUCGCCCUGAUACCAGUUCUUUUAACAAGGGGCUAAUGGUUUAUGCGAACAAAAAUGCUAAAGAUAUGACAUUUUCAUUUGUUAAUGCCACAAAGGUUCACAAGAGAGCACCACUCCCAGCUUGUGUGGUUUUAAAAAGAGUGUUUCUGAAACACACAAAGGAUGUCAUAUCAGACUUAAUUGACUCUACAAUGAAAAAUCUACAUAAUGUCACUGGAGUCCUUAUGACAGACUCAGACUUUGUUACCACAGUGAAGAAAAAUCUCUUCCAUGCAGGAACCCAGAAGUCAACUGAGAUUUUAGAAGCAAUGGUACUACGGAUGUAUAAUGCUUUGAUGACGGAAACGAAGGAGAGAGGACACAGUCUUGUAUAUUCUUUACUGAAAACGGGAUGUUCAUUAGAUGCUAAUUCUCCAAAUAUGCAUUUCGCAUCUUUGAAAGGUGGAAUACAUACAAGAGAAAAAGUAAGGACAGACAUGGGACAGACGUCAGCCCAGAAAGUAGGCGAGACAAUAAUUAAGGAUGGAAUUAGCAUGCUGAGAUCAAAAGCAGGAGGUGGCAAAUGUUCAGACAGACCUCAUGACAAGAGGCCAGAAAAGAGUAGCACCACAACUGAGUUUCUUGCCAAGGACCUCAUUUUGACAGCUUUAAUGCUGAUACAGCAACAUUUGUUAACUCAAUACAAAGAGCCAGUUGUGGAGUCAAAUACGUCUUCAUUCGGCUAUUUUGAAAAGGGUGGCAAACACGGCUCUAAAUCAUCUCAUAAUUACAAAGGUGAUCCACAACAACAAGAAUAUCAGAGAGGAGAAAUACAAAGUGCUCUCCUAUCGAUCAUCCAGAAAGUCCUACAAGAAGCUGGUUUCAGUGUAGAUGAAUGUGAAAUAACCAAGAAUGUCAAACAGUACUCAUAUGACGACAGGUCUACCAAGACAACAAAAUCCAAACAGUACUGUUCAGAUGUGGAUUCUGAAAACAUGGAACAAAUAAACAAGAAAUUCAUUGAUCAGCUGAUGGAAUCUGUCAUGAAGUUGUGUACGUACAUGACUAAAAGUCCGGAUUUUGUUGUUGAAGAUUACUCUGACGAACAAGGUACAUACAUUACUGCAAGAAACAAAGGUGUAUCAAGUCCAGAUUCAAUGGCAGGUCAGAAAGGACGAUCUGGUUAUAGUGGAAAGCCACUUGUGCCUGCUGGUUCUGAGGUGAUUGUGAACAACCAGAAUGCCAAUACCAGCUCACAGAACAAGGAACUCCAGGCUAUCCUCCAGUGGAUGGCUGCCUCCCACUUCCAAGUGCCCAACCUCACUUUCAUGAAUGAGAAUGAUGAGGAGCUGAAGAAGCUUCCUCAACUGGCCGACAAAGCCGCUAAGAAGGGUGCAAGUGUGGGGGAUAUUUUGCAGGAGGUAAUGAGGUAUUUUGAGAAACAACAGGUUGACGCCGCUGUGGGAAACAUGCCUCGUAGCGGACUUCUUGACUGGUUGCUUGCUAAUCUGUAGACAAGUGCCAACACCUCCCUCUCAUUACUUCCACCCAGCGAAGUGCAAUCUUAAUUACCCAAUGGAAUAACAAUACAGCUCCUUUUCCAUAGACAACAGUUCAUCAAAUUCCACAAGCUGUUACACACUAGCUGGGCAAAAGCACCAAUAAAAAAUACAAAUCUCAA